AUGCUGAUGAUGAAAGUUUGCAGGUCCCAGAACAAUGUUUACACUGUUAGAGAGAUCAUUGAACAAGAAAUUAUUGGUAUGUGUAACAAAGGUAAUGUAAUAAUUGGCGAUCAAAUUAACAAGGAUAGUCUAAAAGGCUAUCGACCUAUUUUGGAUGCCAUGAAGUCUUUUGUAAAGAACGCAGACACAAAGCUGAGAGGUUCCUUCAUUGAUAUAGAGGAUUUGAUGGGCUGUCCCAAGGUAAAGAGACCUUGUGUUCGGAGCUCCUUGAGUGACAUUGCAUCUUCCACUCGUCCAGCAGAGGGCACCACCAGCAUGCUUUUCUCAAAGGAUAGUCGCAAAUGGUAUCAGCCCACUGAACUACCUCAGCUCUAUCAAUUAAUGCAGGAGCACUCACAUGAAGCUGUCAAACUUGUAAAUGGAGAUACUGCAAAAGGAGUUUACAAGAAAGAUGGACCUUAUCAAGUUCUCAUUGAUGUGAAAGGAAUCCCUGAUCUUUACGAGGUUACUAUGGGACCUAAUGGCUUAAAGGUGUUUUCCAAUGUUACCCUGAGUUCACUCAUCAACUGCCUGAAACAGUAUUCUGUCCAAUCACCAUCCUACAACAUUAUAGCUCGUCAUUUGCUCAAGGUUGCAAAUUGGCCUGUGCGAAACGCUGGUGGAUGGGCUGGAAAUUUGAUGAUGAAGUGGAAACACCGUGAAUUUGAGUCUGAUGUAUUUGUAGCCUUUGAAGUUGCUGGUGCUAAAGUGACUGUUGCAGAUAUUGCAGAAUUGAGCACUUACACCCCAGUGCAGUUUCUCAAUGUCAACAUGAAAGGAAAGGUUCUUUUAUGUGUGGAAAUUCCAAAGCUGGCAGAGUCUGAAAAGAUGAACAGCUUUAAGAUUAUGCCCCGAAUGCAGAAUGCCCAUACGUAUGUGAGUGCUGGGUUCCGGGUUCGGUUAAAAGCUUUGGAUAGUAAACAGUUGGUAGAAUCUAUCUCAAUGGUGUACACUGGAAUCAAUAGAACAUUUGUUCAUGCCCUUGCCACAGAAAAAUACCUCCAAGGCAAAGACAUUACUUCCAAUGUAACUUUGCAAGGUGCCCUGACAACACUUGACAAGGAGAUAAUUCCUGAUGAAGAUAAUCCACUGCUUGCAAGUGCAGAAUACAGGAAAUCAUUGGCACUUGGACUUUUCUAUAAGUUUUUCCUGUCUCUGUUGAGUGAAGGUGUAGUUUCACCUUGCAAUCGGAGUGCCAUAUGUACUUUGGAGCGUCCUAUAUCCACAGGAAAGCAAACGUUCAGCAGCAGACCAGAGGAAUAUCUUUUGACAAAGCCUAUGCCAAAAUUAAAUGCCCACAAGCAGACUUCUGGUGAAGCUGAGUUUAUCAACGACUUGCUGCCUCUUCCAAAUGAGUUAUUUGCAAUGUUUGUGCUGAGCACAGAAGGAAAUGCAACCAUCAACCACAUUGACAGUACGGCAGCUAUGAAUGUGCCUGGUGCUGUUGCAGUGCUUCAAGCAAGCGAUAUACCUGGAUCUAAUACAUUUAUGCCUCCACCCUAUAUGGUUGAAGAGAUUUUGAGUAGUGGCCCUGUUCUGUAUGCUGGACAGCCAAUCGCACUGUGUCUUGCAGAUUCACAGCAUCGUGCUCUGGAGGUGGUGGAAGUAGUGAAGGUCACCUACCAAGAUCAAAAACCACCAAUAGUGACCCUUGAUGAAGCUAUUGAGAAAAAAUCCUUUUAUCCAUCACCUGGAAAGGGGUUACUUGUUGGAGAUCCUGCAGGUGCUAUUUCCGAAUCUCCUUGCAAAAUUGAAGGGGAAGUUAGAGCAGGUGAACAGUACCAUUUCCACAUGGAAACACAGAUUUGUCGGUGUGUGCCUACUGAAGAUGGUUUGGAUGUUCAGGCAGCUAGCCAAUGGUUGGACUUAGCACAACAAGCCAUUGCCGGUGCCAUUGGAAUACCUGCCAUGGAUAUUAACAUCUCAGCUAAGCGUUUGGGAGGAGCUUAUGGUGGUAAAGCUACACGGGCUAAUUUAAUAGCUUGUGGUGCAGCAGUGGCUGCAUCAGUACUUCGCAGACCUGUUCGAUGCAUAAUGGACCUGAGUACCAACAUGAAAGCAGUUGGCAAACGUCAUAGUUACAUUUUCAAAUACAAGGUGGGAUUUAAUGAAGAUGGUAAACUGAAUGGUAUUAUCAUUACUUACUACUCUGACAAUGGAUGUAGCCCGAAUGACAAUGAGGUUGGAGAAUCCCUUGUAUUUUCUGAUAAUGUAUACAAGUGUAAGAACUGGCAGCUGAUCCCUGUCGCACUUAAGACAAACCGUGCAGCUCACACAUGGUGCAGAUCUCCAGGUUCAAAACCCAACAUAUUUGUCAUUGAGACCAUUCUUGAACAUGUGGCCAAAUUUCUGUCAUUGGAUCCAAUCAUUGUAAAGCAGAGGAACUUGUAUGCUCAAGGAGACAUCACACCACUGGGCUUUGACCUGCCGUACUGCAGUAUCCAGGAUCUUUACUCAAGUCAGAUAGAAAAAGUGGAUGUGGCUGGGCAACUGCAAGCCAUUAAGAAAUUCAAUGCAGAACACAGGUGGAAGAAGAAAGGACUGGCAGUGGUUCCCCUCAAAUACGGCCUGUAUUGGACUCAAAGCUAUUAUUUGUGCACUGUUUCAAUAUUUGCCAGUGAUGGUUCAGUUAUGGUUUCACAAGGUGGCAUUGAAUCUGGUCAAGGCCUUGAUACUAAGGUUGCUCAAGUGUGUGCCUAUGCGUUAGGAAUUCCGGUUGAUAACGUCUCCAUAAAACCAACCACAACAAUUAGCAGUCCGAACUCUGGUCCAACUGGUGGCAGCAUGACCAGUGAACUUAACUGUCUGGGUGUAAAAAAUUGUUGUGAGAUAUUGAGGAAGAGAAUGGACCCUGUGAAGGAUAAACUUCCGCCAGGUACUCCUUGGAAGGAGCUGGUGGCAGCCUGUUUCAAAGCCAAAGUGAAUUUGACUGCACAUGAUUGGGUGUGGCCUGAUCCACAGCCCAAAGGUGCCCCUCAGUAUAACUCAUACGGAGUGACCGUGGCAGAGGCUGAACUUGAUGUCCUGACCGGCGAGAACCAGAUUAAUCAAGUGGACAUGCUCUUUGACUGCGGUGAAAGCAUGAACCCUGCCAUUGAUAUUGGACAAAUUGAAGGUGCUUUUGUCAUGGGCAUGGGGUAUUGGCUGAUGGAGAAGGUGAUCUAUGAUCCCGACACUGGGGAGGUGCUGAAUGCAGGGACAUGGGAUUACAAACCACCAUUCAGCAAGAGCAUACCCAUUAAUUUCAACAUCGAGCUAUUAAAGAAUGCUCCCAACGCAAUGGGUGUUCUUCGUUCCAAAGCCUCUGGUGAACCUCCCCAGUGUAUGUCCUGUGUCACUUUAUUUGCCGUGAAGCGCGCUAUUGAGGCAGCACGUCAAGAUAUUGGGAAGGAUUCCUACUUUCCAUUAAGUGGACCAGCAACAGUCGAUGUAAUCCAAAUCAGCUGCCUCGUAGACUACAAACACUUUUCAAUCUAAAAGCCCAUCAUCGAUUUCAGCUGCUACAUCGAACAAAGCUAAUAAUGUGCAUUCUUCCAGAAAUUAUUUUGUCUUUACCUGUAUUGUAUAAUUCUAUACAAUAUUAACUAUAUAUCCGUACAGCCUAGUACUUUAAAAGUUUACCCUCAUUGUGUACCUUUAACACAAAUCUGCGGUAUAAACAUAAUAUUGAAUGGUU